AUGGCUGAUCAAAAGAUUUCAAUUCUUGGUGUUACCAUUGCGAUCAGUUUUAUUUUAAAUGGAGUUGGAGUAUUUACACCGGCUUGGAUUGUCGAUACAGCCUCCGUUAGAGGUUAUUCGAUAAGUGCUUCCAUAGGAAUUGUUCCCUAUUACACUGAAAACCCAGGGUGGUUCCAAGCAGCAAGUAUCCUAAUGUUCACUUCAUUUGCUCUUUUCAUUAUCAUGGCUCUCAAUUUUUUAAUUAUUUUCCAUAGAGUUCAUCAAUCAGGCUAUUCAUGUGGAAUGCGAAAACGGUUUCACAGUCUUGCAUUGGCUGCAGUAUUUAUAAUUGGUAAUACAAUUACUGCUGUUAUUCUAAUUGGUGUCAAUGAAACCACAUUCAAUGAUGGUCUACAGAAAUUUACAUUGGGUUAUUCCGCAUGGCUUUGUGUUGCAUCUGCUGCAAUUUCAGUUGGCACUUUGGGAUUAUCACUUCACAUUGCAACCAAGGAUUGUCACUGA